CACACCCGCUCCUCCGCCCUCUGUAGGAGCUCCUCCCCAGCUUUGGCUGUAAACUCGGAACCUCCGCUCUGGGAAGUCAGAGCUGUGCACUUCGCCCACCGGACUCGGGUCGCCAGGCAGCUCCGCGUCCCUACGGCCUCUGGGAUCAUGUGGUACACUAGCACCCGGGGAAUGGCCCCACGGGUCAACUUUGAGGGGGCCCUCUUCUCUGGUUAUGCACCAGAUGGGGGCCUCUAUAUGCCAGAGGAGCUCCCGAGGCUGGACAAAGAGACCCUGCGUCACUGGAGCACGCUGUCCUAUCGCAGCCUGGUGAAGGAGCUGUGUGCCCUCUUCAUUGGCCAGGAGCUUAUUCCAAGACAUGACUUAAACGAUCUGAUUGACCGAGCCUUCAGCAGAUUCCGCCACAAAGAUGUGGUUCAUCUGUGCAGGCUGAAGAAUGGACUGAACAUAUUGGAGCUUUGGCACGGAGUCACAUAUGCCUUUAAGGACCUGUCCCUGUCCUGCACAGCACAGUUCCUGCAGUACUUCUUGGAGAAGAAGAAGAAGCACGUCACCAUUGUUGUGGGAACUUCUGGGGACACGGGAAGUGCCGCCAUUGAGAGCGUUCAAGGAUCCAAGAAUGUGGACAUUAUCGUUCUGUUGCCCAAAGGCCGUUGUUCAAAGAUUCAGGAGCUCCAGAUGACAACGGUGCUGAAAGAGAAUGUCCACGUGUUUGGAGCGGAAGGAAACAGUGAUGAGCUCGACGAACCCAUCAAGGCCGUGUUUGCUGACAGGGCCUUUGUCCAGAGGCACAACCUGAUGAGCCUGAACUCCAUCAACUGGUCUCGGGUCCUGGUGCAGAUGGCACACCACUUCUUCGCGUAUUUCCAGUGUACACCAUCCUUGGACACGCACCCCCUGCCCACAGUGGAGGUGGUAGUGCCGACAGGGGCUGGGGGUAACCUUGCAGCUGGGUGCAUUGCUCAGAAGAUGGGCCUGCCAAUCUGUCUGGUUGUGGCAGUGAACCGCAAUGACAUCAUUCACAGGACUGUCCAGAAGGGAGACUUCUCUCUGUGUGAGGUUGUCAGAACAACCCUGGCAUCUGCUAUGGACAUUCAGGUGCCCUACAACAUGGAGAGGAUCUUCUGGCUGCUCUCUGGCUCUGACAGCCAGACAACAAAGGCCCUCAUGGAACAGUUUGAAAGAACCCAAAGUCUGCACCUACCCAAGGACCUACAUAGCAAGCUUUCAGAGGCAGUGACAUCUGAGUCGGCAUCUGAUGACGCCAUCACCCAGACCAUGGCCCGCUGCUGGAAGGAGAACCAGUACCUACUGUGUCCCCACUCGGCCACAGCGGUGAACUACCAUUACCAGCAGACUGACAGUGGGCAGUCCAGCAUCCCCCGAUGCUGCCUGGCCCCUGCCUCAGCAGUCAAAUUCCCCGAAGCAGUCCAGGCGGCUGGGCUGACUCCCGAGACCUCGGCAGAUAUCUUGGCCCUGGAGAACAAGGAGGCACGUUGUAUCCCAAUGCGGAGAGGAGACGACUGGACACAGAUGCUGCGGGACACAAUUGAGGGCCUGUCCCAGCGGUGGAAAGGUUGUGUAGCGAACCCCUCAGGAUAGCUCCCAGGGAUGGCUGGGGCAAGAUGGCUCAGUAGUGAAGAACUCUUGCUGCUCUUCCAGGGGACCCGUUUACUUCCCAGUGCCCAUGUUAGGUGGCUCACAACCAUUUAUAACUUUAGCUGUAGGGUUUUUGACAGCAAUGCACUCAUACACAGAUACACAUUCUGUUGUGGGGAAAUAUUACAAAAAAAAAAAAAAACAGAAACAAAAACAAAAAAAACGAGCCCGCCAACUCUCCCCGGUGCUGGACUUCGGUCCUGUGCUCCUGCCGGGCACCAACUCUCCCCACGCCAGACCAAAGAGCUCCUGCCAGGCCAUCUUUCCGGCAGGGGUCCUUGAGUUCCUCUAGUUACCACGCAGCACCCAUGCGCACCCCAUGGCCAGCCAUCGCAACACCUAAAUACCCGGUCUAAUCAUGACUCUUAAAGCUUAAUUAACCAGUCAGAUAUAUAUAUCAACAAAAUCACAAUUUACAAGAGGCCAAUACGGUAAUUUCAGAGUCAAUUGAUAAUGAUAUAAGCUUUAUCCCAAUAUUUCUAACCUUGUGAAAUCAUAUCUACUCAUCUCCAGGCAGGUACCCAUCAUUAGCUCCGCCUCCCUUUUCCCUGUCCAAUCACAGGCCUCCCACUGCCCUAAUGUGAUUGGACAGGGAAAAAUCCUGCAACACAUACAAUAUGUGAUUAAAAACAAUAAAGCUAAGUCUGGUUUUUUGUU